CAAGUUGCAGUUUGGGAGCUUUCUGGGGCAGCACAACAACAGCUCUGAGGCUAAGGAGAGCUUGCAGGGAGCCCAACACACAAUUCCGAAUCAAUUUUAUCAAGGGACGCAGCACAUUGGCAGGGGAUUCCACUCCAAUCUCCACCGUCGCCAUUUUCCAGAAUGAACAGAGAGUCAGUGGAAAAUAAGCAGAGGUGAUGCCUGAACCCUGAGCAACACCAUGGCAAGCCCUAAGAAGCCCUGGUCCAGGGGGCAAAUGAUGCUGCUUCUGGGAUGCUCUGCCUGCUUCUUUCUGCUUCCAGGAGCAGGAUCCUUGGCCUGCAGCAGCAUCAUCACAGACUCCCCAGUGGUUCUCUUGGGAGCCACAGCAAGAGCUUCUUGCACCAUCUGGAGAAGCUCCUGCCUCAUCCAAGACGAUGAAGAAAUCCAGAUGAUGUGGAAACUGGACGAAGAGUUCCUGACAGGGACCCAGUACAGUUUACACAAAGGGGUAGAAGUCUCCAACAUCACCAUCGGGCCCAUCAAUGAGACCGUGACCACUUUGAGCUGCUAUGUAAAGAGGAAACAUAAGCCACAGAUGAUGAAGGUCAUCCAGAUUCGUGCAGGAUAUCCUCCAGCACAACCCCAAAACCUCACCUGCGUUAUGAAUGUCACCACGAAGAACCUCACGUGCCGGUGGGACCCUGGGCAAGACAGCUUCCUCCCAGUCAGUGUGGCCCUGAAGGGAUCCCGGAAUCAGGGAGUGUGUGAGGUCCCCACAGAGGCCGUCCCCGCAAGCUGCACCCCACUGCCUGGGCAGAACUCCUGCACCAUCGGCCGAGAGAACCUCCUGCUCUACCACCCCAUGAUUUUCUGGCUGUCGGUGAACAACACCCUGGGAGAAGUGGACUCUGAGCCGCUGUGUGCAGACCCCAUCGAUUUAGCCAAGCUGGACCCCCCAACCAUCCACGCCAUGCAGUCCAUCCCUGAGGAGACUGACUGCAUAUCUGUCAUGUGGGAAGCAGGGAGAGACAGCGAGCACAUGCACCAGUUAUGUGACUUGAGCUACCAGGCAGAGGGCGACCAGGAGUGGAAGCUAGUCCACAAUAUCACCAACCCCACCUGGGAAAGGCAGGAAGUGUGGCGUGUGCGGCACUGCGGCUUCCUCUUUGGGACCCUCUACCACUUCCAGAUGCGCUGCCAGAGAUUUGGUGGAGCCGGCUACUGGAGUGACUGGAGUCCAAUGGUGAACUUCACCACCCAUGAGAAAGCGCCUUCAGGAGAGCUUGAUGCCUGGUGGAAAGUGAAGACCAGGGAGGCAGAGGCAAGAACGGAAGUGCAGCUGUUGUGGAAGCCAAUGAAACCCAAUGAGGCCCAUGGGAAAAUCUUGGGUUACAUGGCCACCCUCAGCACCCGGCGGCACAGCGGGGAGCCAUCGCCGCUGUGCAACACCUCUGAGACGUGCUGCACUUUCUCACUUCCACUUGGAACCCAGAAGAUUUAUCUCAUGGCCUACAACGCCAGAGGCUCAUCUCAGCCCACUGAAGUCUACUUGUCUGAGAAGAAAGGUCAACCCGUGCCCAAGUUCCAGGCCUCCCCUCACAAUGAGACAAGCAUCUGGGUGCACUGGGAUCUCCCAGCGACACCAGCCAGGGGCUACAUCAUCGAGUGGCACACCAUGACCUCGGUGGAAGACUCAUCCGACGGCAACCAUGGUCACAACAACAUGGGAUGGACCAAAGUGCAUAGUGGCACCAUCACACAUGCUCUGAUCCAAGAAAAUGUGAAACCUUUUCAACGCUACAACAUCUCCAUCUACCCACUCUACAGGGACAGAGUGGGGAUGCCCCAGUGUUUGGAAGUUUACACCAGGCAGAAAGCUCCAGCUGACACCCCCAAACUCCACCCGGGGAGUAUCAGUAAGUCCACAGCUCAGCUUCACUGGGAACCCAUCCCGGUUGAAAAACGGCAUGGCUUCAUCACCAACUAUACCAUUUUCUGGAAUGGCACCAAUGAGGACCUGAAAAGUGCUGUCGUGAACUCUUCAGUCGACACCUUCACCAUCGUGGGUCUCUGGCCUUCCAGAAUGUACAGGGUGCACAUCAUGGCCUCAACAGUGGGUGGGAGCACCAACGGUACCAUCCUCACAUUCUACACCAAGGCGAUUGAUGACAUGGACCUCCCCUUUGUCUACAUGCUGAUUGGACUCCUCUUGCUGGCAAUUAUUGUCCUGGUCAUCUGUUUCCAGAAGAGCAAGAGGAUGAAAACCCAGUUCUGGCCCAGCGUCCCUGACCCAGCCAACAGCAGCCUUGGCAAAUGGGCACCAGCCAUUCUGCAAGAGGAGAUCCUCCAGGCUCCAAAGUCGUGCGAGCUCAGCCCUGUUGUUGUUUCGGCCAUCUUGGUGAUUGAAGCGGAUGAGAAGAAAUGCCUUUCCUGUGGGAAGGGGGAGCCUGCUAAGACCCUGGAGGAUGGGUCAAUGACAGCCUCCUUGGAAUCUUAUAUGGCUAAUGCUGAGACCACUUUGCCAACCGGUGACCCAGCGCCAGCCUCUUACGUGAACAGCCCGGAGUCUGUCCAGUACGCAAAGGUGUUUGUGGACAGCUACUGCAGCCAACAGAAGGCCUCACCCAGUUUCUACAUGCGCUCCAACUCCACGCAGCCCCUCCUAAGCGACAGGACGCCCAGCCCAAAGCCCUACGAGAACCUGUGGUUUCACAGCGACCAUCCAAACAGAGAGCUUGACUACAGUUGUCAGGAGGAUGCCGUUUUCCUGGACAGGGCCCUGUUAGAUUUCCCGUUGCUCCAGGGCCUCAAAAUCGAUGGGGAUGAAGACCUGAGCAACUUCCGAAAACUGUAGGACCUGAUUGACAGGGGGAGCAUCAAACUGGAGCUGCUUGUGGCUUCUUGCAUUCUUCUUCUCCUCCUUCACUGGAGGAAGCACUGAAUUAUUCCAGCCAAACAUCCAGCCACCUAGAUUUUGUGUCACCCUAGAGAGACUAAGAAAGCGGAGCGGAUGUUGGGGUGGUGUUCCCUGAGUGAUGCCUUUUGCUCCCCUUUAGGGGAAGGGGUGUAUCUCAGUGGAAGAACAUCUGCUUUGCAUGCAGAAGGUCAGUAUAAGGCAGCUUCCUCCAUUUCGAACCAAGAAGAGACAGAACUGAAAGGAGCCCUGCCUUGGGUUCCUUCCCCUUUCCAUAACUGUGGCCCCCUAUUCAACCCCGGCUGAUGACCUUGUGCUGUCCCCUGCUGCUGUGACCCUGGACCUGCAUGGACGACCCACCUCCCACCUCAAGUCUACCAAGCACCUGCAAAUGGAGACUUCCCUCUCUUUCCCAUGUAGCACAGUCUCCACCGCUCAGAAAAACAGGGGCAGCCCAUACCUAAAGGCAAACUCCAUGUGCUGGCCCCAUUUCUGGGGACAUCUGCCUCUGCUGUGCAAAGGUGUUGAGGAAAGAAGGAGCAGCCGUGGAGAAGCUGCAGAAAGCACAGUGCCAACUGGAUGAGAGCCACAAUCCAGAACCUCCCAAGGUGGGGAGGAGGAAAAGGAAGAGGCAUGAGAAGAAGAGCAGCCCAAGAAACUCACAAUCAUUGUGAAGUUGCUCCUUUCUCAUUGCAUCAGUCAGCUUUGUUUGCCAAAAGCCAUCGCAGUCGUCACAAAAAUGCAAAAGAUCAGGCCAGGGUACAUGCUAGCAUAAAGUCGUGUUGUGCAAAGGAAAUACUGUGUUGCUCCUUCUGUAGCAGGAAACAAGGGUGCCCACAAAAUGUCAAUUUUUGCCUGAAAGGGUUUGGAGGGGAAACCAAGGAGCAGCUUGGAGAAUUGAGAAGGGGAAACGGGUUUUUCCCUGUUUAGCACAGCCUGAGCAGGAAGUCAAAGGGGUUGAAUGUUCCCAGAAGUAGGGUUGGGAACGCCAGCUUUCUUCAACAUGUUUAUACCCACUGCUGCUGUUUAUUUAUCAUGUAUAUGGAACAUUGCAAAUUAAA